CUUGACGCAGGCGCAGUACGCGUAAUGGCGCGAAAAAUGUCAACAUAAAAACAUUCUCAUAUUAAAUAAAUCUCCUGUUUAAGUAAACGUUUUUGAACUCUUGGCAUGGCCACGGACAUCCGAAAGUUUUUCGGCAAAACGCCUGUCAAAAACGAUAAACCUUCAGAAAAAAGUAAACCAGAGCUGACAAAAAUUAAAAAUGGCAAAGAUAGACCUGAACAAAAAUACGUGGACCUUACAGAGACAAUGGAUGUUGAUGAUUUUCAAGAUGAAAACGGGAAUCGAAAACAAAGUAAGAAAAAGCAGGAUUCAAAAGACAAGAUUAAACAAGAAAAGAGAAAAUCUUUAGAAAAAGAUCAAACUAAAGAUAAUAUGCACAACAAGGAGAAAGAAAAACACAAAGAUAAUGACAAGAAAAGCAAAAAGAGUGAAAAGGGCACAAAAAAGCAGCUGGAUUCAAGUACAUCAGAAAAGGAUGAAAUUGAUGGUGAAGCAGUUACAAAAAAAAGUAAAGCAAAGAAACGUAAAUUGGAGAUAUCCAGUGAUGAAGAAGUUAUCAAUGUUGAAAACAACCAAGAUGAUGAGGACGAUGAUGAGGUCAUAGUUAAGAAAUCACAGCUGAAGAAAAAAGGAAAGAAGAAACCUAAACUGUUUGAUUCAGACGAGGAUGAAGAUCCGAUCCCAAAGGAGAAGAAGGCAAGGAAAUCCAGGAAAAUUGUCCACGUCGGAGGUUCAGAUGGGUACACAGAGGAAGAAAUUCCAGAGCCAAAACCAAAGACAACAUUUAUGGAUAAGUUCUUGGCCAGUAAGAGCCCCAGUAAAGACACUGGCUCAUCAAAAGCAUUGAAACCAGAGCCUGCCAAAAACCUUGGGACUGCAAAGAAACCAGAAGAAGUUAAACCCACUGUCUUAGCUUCAGCUUUUUUUGGAGACACUAGCAUUCAUCGGGUGGAAAGAAAAGUGAUCCCAGCUAAGAAGCCUGUAGGGGAGACCAUUGUUGACCUAGAGCUGCACAGCGAUGAUGAGUUUGAACGCACCCUGGAGCUUAUAGAUGAAGAAGAACUCACUGGAUUGAAGAAAAUUGACAGUAAAGGAACUUCAGAUAAGCUCAGCCUCUCCAGUAAGCUGGCCAGCAAGGCGAGGGAUCAAUCUGUCCAGUCUCCAGAGAAGAAACCCCUCAUACUGGCGCCUGAUACACCAGUCUCCAAACAGCCUUCUCCAAAGAAAGCCAAGAUGGAGUUUAUUAUGAACAGACACGAGAGGAAAACAGAAGCGCCCGCUACAAAGAAAACGCCAGAGAAGAAGGUUUCCCCUGCUAAGCAAGGCUCAGAGAACAAGACAAGUCCAGGGAAACAAGAGUCGGACGGCUUCACUCCAAAGGGAGGUGGGGCUGGCUACCGGGCAUACCUCAACAGGGCCGGGCCACAGUCACUAGGGGCCAAGGAAAUACCAGAGGGAGCUGAGAAUUGCCUGGAGGGUCUCACAUUUGUGAUCACGGGAGUCCUGGACUCAUUUGAGCGUGACGAGGCAAAGGUCGCGGUAGAACGGUAUGGGGGAAAGGUCACCGGCAAUGUUAGCAAGAAAACAGACUACCUUGUAGCUGGCAGGGAUCCUGGGCAGAGCAAGAUUACCAAGGCUGAAGCCUUUAGAACCAAGAUUCUGGAUGAAGAUGGCCUACUUGAUUUGAUACGUACAAGACCUGGGAAGAAAUCCAAGUACACCUUACAGGCAGAGGCAUCAGUGAAAAAGGAAAUGGCAGAAACUAAAUCUUCUACAACAGAAAAGUUGUCUUCAUUUAAAAAGGAACAGCAAACACCUUCCAAGUCUCUCUCAUUCAAUACUAAAGACACCCAGUCAGUUUCAAACAAAACAUCGCAUUCUAUCAUUUCAAAUAAAAUACAAUCAGAUUCCAGUAUUUUAAAUUCUGACCAAUCGGAAACUAGUAGCAAACCAAAUACUGAACCUUCAGAGCCAUCAUUACUUUGGGUCGACAAAUACAAACCAACCAGUCUAAAGCAAAUAAUUGGCCAGACUGGAGACAAAAGCAAUGCAAAGAAGCUCCUUCAAUGGUUGACAAACUGGCACAAAGAUCAAGCCUCUGGGAUUAAACCGGUUUCAACUGGAAAGUUUUUUGGUGGGAAAGGUGGGAGUGAAACCGGUGCAGGAUUUAAAGCUGCAUUGCUAUCCGGACCACCUGGGAUUGGAAAAACGACAACUGCUACUCUUGUAUGCCAGGAGGCAGGUUUCUCGUUUGUGGAGUUGAAUGCGUCAGACACACGCAAUGCCAAGAGCCUGAAAGAGGUGAUCUCCCAGUCGGUAGGCAACACAAGCAUCGUGGACUUCAUGGGUAGUGGGGUGUCCAGCACACACGGGCACAAGCACUGCCUGGUGAUGGAUGAGGUGGACGGUAUGUCCGGGAAUGAGGACAGGGGAGGGGUUCAGGAAUUGGUGAACAUUAUCAAGGCAACGAAGAUUCCAAUCAUCACCAUGUGUAACGACCGCAACCACCAGAAGAUGAGGACGCUGGCAAACUACUGCUUUGACCUGCGCUUCCAGAGACCCAGAGUGGAACAAAUCAAGGCAGCAGUGAUGUCCAUAGCGUUCAAGGAGGGUUUAAAUGUGCCACCACCAGCUGUCAAUGAGAUCAUAGUGGCAGCCAACCAGGAUAUCAGACAGGUGAUUCACAAUCUGUCCAUGUGGACUGCAGAUAGCAAAGCCAUCACGUACGACCAGGUGAAGUCAGACGCCCAGCACGCUAAGAAGGACUUCAAGCUAGGUCCUUUUGACGUGUGUCGGAAAGUGUUUGUGGGUGGGGAAGAGACCAACAAGAUGACUCUCAACGAUAAGUCGGACCUGUUCUUCCACGAUUACAACAUUGCGCCACUGUUUGUGCAGGAGAACUACAUACAUGUGAUACCGUACGCUGCAAAGGGUAACAAUCAUCGGCACCUGUCACUACUGGCCCGCACAGCUGACUCAAUCAGCUGUGGAGACAUGGUAGAGAGGAGAAUACGUACACUGCAGAGCUGGAGUCUUCUCUCCCUGGAGGCGAUGUACGGCAGUGUUAUCCCUGGGGAGUACAUGCGGGGUAACAUCACCCAGAUGAUUGCAUUCCCAGGCUGGCUGGGUAAGAACUCGACCACAGGCAAGAAUGAGAGGAUCCUACAGGAACUGAGGACUCACAUGAGACUCAAGGUGUCUGGUGACAAGCGGAGUCUCAACAUGGAUUACCUGCCCUUCAUGCGUCACUCCCUCACGGAGCCCCUUGUGAAACGCGAGGAGGAUGGUGUGAAGGAGGUGAUCCACCUGAUGGACGAAUACGACAUCAUCAAGGAUGACUUCGAUAACAUCCUGGAGAUCACCAAGUGGCCCAACAGCAAAGACCCGCUGAGUUUACUGAGUACUAAGACAAAGGCAGCAUUCACACGGACGUACAACAAGGAGGUGCACAUGACCCCAUACUCCACGGGAACAGUCACCAAGAAGAAGGGGCGUGGAGCGGGAGGGACUGACCUGGACCCUGACCUCCUGGGGGAGGGGUCAGAGGUCAUGGAGGGGGUGGGGUCAGAGGAGGAGGAGGAGCAUGGGGAGGACGACCUGGAAACUGACACCAUGAUAAAGAAAAAGACAGCUUCAAAGGCAAAAGCAGAGCCCAAAGGCAAAGGGAAAGCUCCUGCAAAAGGGAAAUCAGAACCCAAGGGAAAAUCAGAACCCAAGGGCAAAGGAAAGGGGAAAAGAUGAGGAAAACUAAGGAAACAAAACUGCCAGCAUCAUUCUAUGAGUCUGUAGACAUUGUUGAAGAUAUGACAAUUUUGUUGUUAUUUACAGAUUUUUGUUGAUGGAAUAUUAUCAUGCAGAUUGAGAUGAACCUGGUUGAUGUUCAACAGGCACAACAGUUUGUUGCUAACCAUUGUAAAUUUUUCUUCAGGCACAACAGAUUGUUGCUAACCAUUGGAAAUUCUUCUGCAUGACUUUUGGUAGAAAUUUAAAAAAUUUCAACAUUUAUAGUCAUUCAUGUUGCAAAAAACUGUCAUCAAUUGAGUUGACUCAAACAGUUGUUGAUAUUUGGAACUUCAUUGAUUGUUCAAUGCUGUUAGAGACUACUUAAUCUUCUGCAAUGAUCAUUUGAGCCCAUCAUACGGAAAUGGGCCCUAGAAGUCUGGUCAGCAGCUGCUCAGUCCACAAAUGAGACCACCUUAUGUGACUUUAUUUUUGACAGCAUAGUUCCUGACCAGACUGCAUGAUUGCAUGGUCAUGGCUAGAGCUACGCUGUUGGCAUAUGGCACGAGAACUAUUUUCGCAAGGCCCAGGUCAUAAGUGUAAAUAAAGCCUAUGACAGGCGAACCUGCUGAUAAGGUUUUUCCAUUAUUCCUAAAAUGGCUUUCACAAACUAUUUGUGAAGUAGUGCAAUUGACAGAAGUUUACAAACAUAUGUACAUGUAAAUGAUUGUAAAUUGAAUUGUUAAACGUCAAACAGGUAUAUAUUUGUGGAGGAAAAUAGUUAAGAAAUUUUUAUUUGAGCACUACUUAAUUUAACAUGCACAUGUACUUGGCUGUGCACUUUUGAAUGUGUCAACAUUCACACAGAAAUUUCAAUUUUUGUUAAUUACACCUCCAUUUAUCUGAAUUCGUGUUUUUGUUUUGUUUGGUCACAUAUCAGUUAGCAUGGCUAAUGUUUAAUUACUUUUGGUUCAUGCAAAGCUAAAACAAUUAUACAAGUUUCUGAAGGUUAUUGGAAAUCUUUUUAUUCACUUGAAAAGAAAGUUUAUCUGCGCAUUAAAUAGUGUUAAUUUGUUUUUCUGAGAAUUUUGUAAAAAGUUUAUAAAUUUCACGUAGAAACUUUUCAUGGUAUAUGGCUUCUUAAAAUAUCUGUCUACAGCAUUUAAAUGCUAGUAAAUAAUUAUUGGUUGUUUGCAAACUGAUUUUUGUCCGAAUUAAUUAUUCAGAACAUAUUUAUGUGUGGAAGUAAAAUAUUGGUCGUUAUAUUAAAAUAAAAAUUAUUACAAUGAUAUGUAAAUUAUUCAAAAUAAAUUGAGGCAAUUUCUGAAUAGUCUUGGACAAAACACAAAGUAAGAAGAAAUCAAGUUCGCAUGGUUGUUUGUAAAGUCACUGUUGUGUUUUUGGUGUUUGAUUUGAUAAACAAAAUUUCUCUGAAUCACAGUCCUGGAUAUGUACAUGUCUUUCCAGCAUGUCAAUGUAGUUUUAAUAAAUGUGAUUUUAGCAUGAUGUGCAAAAAUAUUCCUUUAUUAUACUUUUAUCCAUUUAAUUCAAGCAAAUGUUGUUAAACAAAAACAAGUGUAGAAUAAAUUGCUGAAUUUAAGACUAUUGAAAAAUAUUUGAUUUAUUUCUCAAAAUCAUUUAAGCAAUAAAAGAAAAUGUGUAGUCACGUGUUGGCUGUUGGCAACAUUAAUGUUCUAUAUUGCUGAACACCAAUACAUUUGUAGAGGCUGAUAAAAUUCAUUUCAUUCAGAAGAGCAACCCUUUGCCACUCUGUCAUAUUGUGUUACUGUUUUCAUUCACUUCAAAUGUGAUAUUAGUGUGUGCUGCUGAAAACGAAUGUGGUGAACAAAAUAAUGUCAGAUGGUUUGUUGAUGUGGGUUGCUUGGUGUAUGUCAAAAGAUUUUUCUUUGCUUUAUUUGAAGUUUAAUCUGCUAUUUCGUUUACAAUUGUUUCUUGGUAAAAAUGCUGUAUUUACUGAUAAUUGAUUAUUCGAUACUGAUUUCCGGAAAUAAAUAUGACAAGUUUUUUGAAAAAUAUUUGUGUGAUAUUUAAGAUUUUUUUUAAACAUAAGUUUGUUAAAAAACACAAAUAACUAUAAUGAUUAGUUUGCAUGUAUAGCAUGUUUGGAUUUAAAUAAAUGCAGUUAGCUAUAGUUGCAGUAAUUCAAAUUUUUGCUUGAUAUAAAUAAAAUGGAUAAACAGCAUCUGAAUGUAGUGUCAUUCAAAUAUGUUAAUAUUGUUUGAAUAAUUAUUGUCAUAUGUGCGUGUAUUAUAUGACAUUAACGUUUAUUAGUAUGUUUGCGAGUGUUUAUUAUACGCCCGUUUUUUUAAACGGGACGUAUUAUAUGUUCACCCUUUGCGGGCGGCGUCCACAGCAGUGUCCGCUCUCUAAUUCAAAUAGUUUUCAUCCGAUCUUCUCCAAACUUGGUCAGAAGUUGUGUCUUGACAAUAUCUAGGUCAAGUUCGAAUAUGGGUCAUGCCAGGUCAAAAACUAGGUCAAGUGGGUCAAUUAGUGCAUUUCAAGGAUUAAGCAUGGUGUCCGCUCUCUAAUUGAAGUAGUUAUCACCCGAUCUUCACCAAAUUUGGUCAGAAAUUGUGUAUAGAUGAUAUGUAGGUCAAGUUCAAAUAAGGGUCAUAUCAGGUCAAAAACUAGGUCACGAGGUUACUUAGUGCAUUUCAAGCAUUUAGCAUGAUGUCCACUCUCUAAUUGAAGUAGUUUUCAUCUGAUCUUCACCUAAUUUGGUCAGAAGUUGUGUCUAGAUGAUAAGUAGGUCAAGUUCGAAUAUGGGUCAUGCCGGGUCUAAAACGAGGUCACAUAGUGCAUUUCAAGCAUUUAGCAUGGUGUCCGCUCUCUAAUUGAAGUAGUUUUCAUCUGAUCUUCAUCAAAUUAAGUCAGAUGUAACAUCUAAAUGAUAUCUAGGUCAAGUUCAAAUAUGGGUCAUGCGGGGUCAAUAACUAGGUCUCGAGGUCACUUAGUGCAUUUCAAGCAUUAUGCAUGGUGUCGUAAACCUUCGAACGGGCGUAUCUUGUGACAGUUUGGCACUCUUGUUGUAUGUUUGUAUUGCAUAUUAGUGAUAUAAGCUGAGAUCGGGAAGGCCAGUCCAGGGACCUAUACACUUGUUUGUAUAGGUCCCUGGCCAGCCUAUGGCGGCAUAUACGUAAAAUAGCGUCCCAGAUUAGCCAGUGCAGUCUGAACUGGCUAAUCUUGGAUGAACUGGCUAAUCUUGGAUGACUCUUUACCCUUAAACAGAAUUUAUUAUUUAAAGAAAGUAAACGAAAAUCCAGUCAUUGGGAAAAUUGUCGUCCCACAUUAGCUUGUGUGGACAUUAAGUCCGGUUUUCACAAAGGCCAAAUAUUAUGGUAUUGUACAUGCUAUUGAGUGAUGUGUUUAUGUUGUGUGCUUCGAAAUGACCAGCUUAUACAUCGUGAUCAUGACCCUAUGUGCUAUCGUUGUAAUUAUGGAAUGAAAAUGAACAUUAAUAAAUGGCGUAGGAGCAUAUGAUUGCUCCUGCCGACAUGUUGAA